AUGAGUGCUGCAGGGCGAAUAAAAUCAUAUGUUGACGACAGUAUAGCAGAUGAUUUUAUUUUACCUUCUGGUGACUGUUUUAGAGGAUAUAAAUUAUUUAAAAAAUAUUGUCAACAGUGUCAUUCUAUUAGUAAAAAUAAUGAAAUAAAUCAAGGUACUUCUAUGAUUGGACCAAAUUUAUAUGGAUUGUACGGGAGAACUGCUGGAUUAUAUGAAAAUAGUUUAUAUAAAGCAUCAGAUUUAUUAAAAAAUUCAGGAAUUGUAUGGAAUGACAUAAAUUUAAUGAGAUAUUUGCAAAACCCUAAUAGGUUUAUAGAAGGGAAUAUUCAUAUGAAUUUUAAAGGAAUUAAUAAUUUUCAAGAUAAAGUUGAUUUAAUAUGGUUCAUAAAAUAUAUGUGCCAUAAAGAUUGGAUAAGUGAUACAAGAGAUAAUGAAAAACAAUAA